UCUUUCUCUCUCUCGAAAAAAAAAAUGAAGAAAGCUUUCUUUGACCACUGUCUCUAACAACUCACUCAUUACUUCACACUUCACACUCUCUUCACUCAUCAAUCAUCGUCAUCACCACACUCUCCUUUCCUCACUUACAUUCAACAACACCAAAAAACCGUUGCUAUUUCCCUCUCUUCAGAUCUUCAUCUUCUUCACCUUCAUUCAUUCAUUCAUUCAAAUCCCCACCAAAGUUCCAUCAAUAAAGACCACAUUUUGCAACAACACAGACACACCCUUUUCCUUUUCCUUUUAAGAGUGAGGAGCUUCUUCUGUUACUGCCAUGGCUGAAGGUGUUAGUGAAGCAAACAAUACUAAAGCGUCGCCAUCGCCAUUGCCACCAGAAGCAGAGAAGAAGAAAGAACAAAGCCUACCAUUUUUCAAGCUCUUCUCAUUUGCAGACAAGUAUGACUACAUGCUCAUGAUCUCUGGAACCAUCGGCGCCAUUGUUCAUGGCUCCUCCAUGCCCGUUUUCUUCCUCCUCUUCGGUCAAAUGGUCAACGGUUUUGGUAAGAACCAAAUGGACCUUAACAAGAUGACUCAGGAAGUCUCAACGUAUGCUCUUUACUUUGUGUACCUUGGCCUUGUGGUUUGCAUAUCAUCAUAUGCAGAAAUUUCAUGCUGGAUGUAUAGUGGGGAGAGGCAAGUGAGUACACUAAGGAAGAAGUAUUUGGAAGCAGUGCUUAAACAAGACGUAGGUUUCUUUGAUACAGAUGCAAGAACAGGGGAUAUUGUUUUCAGUGUCUCAACGGACACACUUCUUGUUCAAGAUGCCAUCAGUGAGAAGGUUGGGAACUUCAUACAUUAUCUUUCAACUUUUCUGGCUGGACUUGUGGUUGGUUUUGUGUCCGCAUGGAGGCUAGCACUUCUAAGUGUUGCCGUGAUUCCCGGCAUCGCUUUCGCCGGCGGCUUGUAUGCUUACACUCUUACCGGCCUUACAUCCAAGAGUCGCGAAUCCUAUGCCAAUGCAGGCAUCAUUGCCGAACAGGCCAUUGCGCAAGUUCGAACCGUUUACUCUUACGUUGGGGAGAGCAAGGCGCUGAACUCUUAUUCAGAUGCAAUACAGAACACUCUGAAGCUUGGAUAUAACGGCGUUUUCAUCCGAAAUGGACAGACCGACGGAGGCAAGGCGUUCACGGCUAUAUUCUCGGCCAUUGUUGGUGGAAUGAGUUUGGGACAGUCUUUUUCGAAUUUAGGCGCCUUUAGUAAAGGCAAAGCGGCCGGAUACAAGUUAAUGGAGAUCAUCAAGCAGAAACCAACAAUUGUGGAGGAUCCUUUGGAAGGCAAGUGCUUGGGAGAGGUUAAUGGAAACAUUGAAUUCAAGGAUGUUGGUUUUAGCUAUCCCUCGCGGCCGGAUGUCAUGAUCUUUCGCAAUUUCUCAAUCUUUUUCCCGGCCGGGAAAACAGUGGCGGUUGUAGGUGGUAGUGGAUCAGGAAAGAGUACAGUUGUUUCCUUGAUUGAAAGGUUCUAUGAUCCAAAUGAAGGUCAAGUUCUGCUUGAUAAUGUGGACAUCAAGACACUGCAACUAAAAUGGUUGCGCGAUCAAAUCGGAUUGGUGAAUCAAGAACCUGCGCUGUUCGCAACCACCAUUCUUGAGAACAUACUCUAUGGAAAACCUGAUGCAACAAUGGCUGAAGUGGAAGCAGCAGCUUCUGCUGCAAAUGCUCAUAGCUUUAUUACCUUGCUUCCCAACGGCUAUAACACUCAGGUGGGAGAACGAGGAGUGCAAUUAUCCGGAGGCCAAAAGCAGAGAAUUGCAAUUGCAAGAGCAAUGUUGAAGAAUCCAAAGAUUCUGCUUUUGGAUGAGGCAACAAGUGCUCUAGAUGCAGGAUCAGAGAGCAUUGUUCAAGAGGCACUAGACCGGCUCAUGGUGGGAAGAACAACCGUGGUUGUAGCGCAUCGUCUUUCGACCAUAAGAAAUGUUGAUACCAUCGCCGUGAUCCAGCAAGGACAAGUGGUGGAGACAGGAACACACGAGGAACUCAUUGCCAAGGCAGGAACCUAUGCAUCACUAAUUAGGUUCCAAGAAAUGGUUGGAAAUAGGGACUUCUCCAACCCCUCAACUCGCCGGACACGAUCCUCCCGGCUCAGCCAUUCCCUCUCUACAAAGUCCUUAAGCCUCCGAUCUGGAAGCUUAAGGAACUUGAGCUACCAAUACAGCACCGGAGCCGACGGCCGCAUAGAAAUGAUAUCUAAUGCCGAGACGGAUAAGAAGAAUCCGGCCCCGGACGGAUACUUCCUCCGGCUGCUGAAGAUGAAUGCCCCCGAAUGGCCUUACUCAAUCAUGGGAGCCGUUGGUUCUGUUCUCUCCGGAUUCAUUGGGCCAACAUUUGCAAUUGUGAUGAGUAACAUGAUUGAAGUCUUUUACUAUAGAAACUAUGCAUCCAUGGAGAAGAAAACCAAGGAGUAUGUGUUUAUAUACAUUGGAGCUGGACUCUAUGCAGUUGGUGCAUAUUUGAUUCAGCAUUACUUUUUCAGUAUCAUGGGUGAGAACCUCACCACUAGGGUUAGAAGAAUGAUGCUUGCAGCUAUAUUGAGGAAUGAAGUAGGAUGGUUCGAUGAGGAGGAACACAACUCAAGCCUGGUGGCAGCAAGGCUUGCAACGGAUGCAGCUGAUGUCAAGUCUGCCAUUGCUGAGAGGAUUUCUGUCAUUUUACAGAACAUGACUUCCCUCCUCACUUCUUUCAUUGUUGCUUUCAUUGUUGAAUGGAGAGUUUCUCUUCUCAUUCUUGCUACCUUCCCUCUCCUUGUCCUAGCUAAUUUCGCUCAGCAACUUUCCCUAAAAGGUUUUGCUGGAGACACAGCGAAGGCGCAUGCAAAAACAAGUAUGAUUGCUGGAGAAGGAGUGAGCAAUAUCCGAACCGUUGCAGCAUUCAAUGCACAGAACAAGAUGUUAUCGGUCUUCUGCCACGAGCUGCGAGUGCCGCAGAUGCGAAGCCUUCGCCGGAGCCAGAGCUCCGGCAUCUUGUUCGGCCUCUCGCAGCUCGCGCUUUAUGCCUCCGAGGCUCUCAUUCUAUGGUACGGUGCACAUUUGGUCAGCAAAGGAGUUUCAACCUUCUCCAAGGUCAUUAAGGUCUUUGUGGUCCUUGUCAUAACGGCCAAUUCGGUUGCAGAGACCGUUAGCCUCGCCCCGGAGAUAAUUCGGGGCGGGGAAGCAGUUGGCUCUGUUUUCUCCAUCCUCGACCGGCACACCAGGAUCGAUCCAGAUGAUCCUGAUGCUGAUCCGGUCGAGUCAAUUCGUGGAGAAAUCGAGCUUAGACAUGUUGAUUUCGCAUACCCUUCGAGGCCAGAUGUGAUGGUUUUCAAGGAUCUGAACCUCAGAAUUAGGGCAGGCCAAAGCCAAGCCCUCGUCGGAGCGAGUGGAUCGGGGAAGAGUUCGGUCAUCGCCCUUAUCGAGCGGUUCUACGAUCCCAUAGCCGGGAAAGUCAUGGUGGACGGAAAAGACAUAAGGAAGCUUAACUUGAAAUCCUUGAGGCUCAAGAUCGGUUUGGUCCAACAAGAACCGGCAUUGUUUGCCGCCUCGAUAUUUGAAAACAUUGCUUAUGGAAAGGAGGGAGUGACGGAAUCCGAGGUGAUCGAGGCAGCUAGAGCUGCCAACGUGCACGCCUUUGUUAGUAGCCUGCCCGAGGGCUACAAAACACCCGUUGGCGAACGGGGCGUGCAGCUCUCGGGUGGGCAGAAACAAAGGAUUGCAAUUGCUAGGGCUGUCCUUAAGGACCCUACAAUAUUGCUUCUUGAUGAAGCAACAAGUGCACUUGAUGCUGAGUCAGAAUGUGUGCUACAAGAGGCAUUGGAGAGGCUCAUGAGGGGGAGGACCACGGUGCUCGUGGCGCACCGGUUGUCCACCAUAAGAGGGGUUGAUUGCAUUGGUGUGGUCCAAGAUGGGCGCAUUGUGGAACAAGGUAGCCAUUCUGAGCUUAUAAGCAGGCCUGAGGGUGCAUAUUCUAGACUCUUGCAACUACAACAUCAUCACAUUUGAGGGACACAAAUGUAAAACAUUUUAGUUUGUUUUUAAUAUAAGGCCUUGUUUGGUUGAGAUCAUUAUGUUUGGCCUCCCAUUAACCUCAUGCUUUGAUUUUUAUUUUUUUUUUCUUUUUAGAUGUAGAUAUAUGCUACAUGAGGUUUGUACCUUGAGGACAAAAAGUACUCUGUUUCCAAUGGAGUAGCUAGUAUUAUUAAAUUAAUCAAAUAUCAAUGGUCCAUAACUAUGUUAUCUAUAUGGUUAUUUGAGCUUUUUGCUUUCUA